AAAUUCACACUCGAAAAACCGAGUAGGUUUAGUCUUCAGUAGGGAACUAAAAAACACACAAGUUUUCAUCACAUCAAACCUGUUCAACAUCCCCACGUUGUUGCUGUCACUGUUGUUGCCGUUGUCAGAAGUUCCUAUAUCCCAUCAGCCAAGAAAAAAAUAAAAGCAUUCAAUGUUUGAGGGCGGAAUAAGAUCCUGAUCUAAUAUAACCCACAUGCUGGAAACAUGACUUCCGAUACGGAAUUCUCUGACGAGGAUCACGGUGACUCGCAUCGUUCGCUUCACAGUCACUUGACGACCGGAACCUGUGACAGCGACGAGGAUAUCUGUACGGAAAUCGUUUUGCCCGACAGUCCACACAGAACUCCCGAACCGGAUGACUUUUUCUACCAGGUCCUCUCGGUGGAGCAGAUCGUUCAACACCAGCGCAACAUCAUCGAUGAGGUCAACAACGUUCUGAACUUAUCUCCCCAGGUCACCCGUAUCAUACUAAAUCACUUCAAAUGGGACAAGGAGCGACUGUUUGAAAAUUAUUUUGAGAGCAGUCCACAGGAGUUCUUUCAGCGCGCCCAUGUGGUGAAUCCUUUCGAGAAGAAGAGUGAACUGGAUUUGCCGAGCACCUCGAAAACAAUCUGCACAUCCUCUUGCUCCUCGCAGAAAUUUUGUGGCAUUUGCCUGAGUCCUUGCAACGAGCUGAAAGGAGUGGGCUGUGGUCACAACUUCUGUGCGGCCUGCUGGAAACAGUAUUUGGCCAAUAAGACCUGCAGCGAGGGCUUGGCCAAUACGAUUGCGUGUCCCUCGGCCAACUGCGAUAUCCUGGUGGAUUAUGUAUCAUUCCUAAAACUGGCCGAUGAUCCGGAGGUUAUAGAGCGCUAUCAACAGCUCAUAACGAACACCUUUGUGGAGUGCAAUACGCUAAUGAGAUGGUGCCCGGCUCCGAAUUGCACAUGUGCCAUUAAAGCCAAUUGUGUGGAAGCACGGCCAGUGCUCUGCAAAUGUGGCCAUCAGUUUUGUUUUGGCUGUGGCGAAAAUUGGCAUGAACCCGUCAGUUGUAGUUGGCAUAAAAAAUGGAUGAAAAAAUGCCUCGACGAUUCGGAGACUUCGAAUUGGAUCGCUCAAAAUACAAAGGAGUGUCCCAAAUGUAAUGUGACCAUUGAAAAGGACGGUGGAUGCAAUCACAUGGUCUGCAAAAAUCCUGCCUGUCGCUAUGAUUUCUGCUGGGUUUGCCUGGGAUCCUGGGAGCCACACGGUUCGUCCUGGUACAGUUGCAAUCGAUUCGAUGAGGAGGAGGCCAAGCAGGCGAGAUUGGCCCAGCAGAGAUAUCGCUCCUCGAUGGCCCGAUAUCUGCACUACUACAAUCGCUAUAUGAAUCAUAUGCAGAGCAUGAAGAUGGAGAACAAACUGUAUGCCAAUGUUCAGGCCAAAAUCGACGAUAUGCAGGAGGAGAUGAGCUGGAUUGAGGUUCAAUUUCUGCGCGAGGGCGUCGAUGUUUUGUGCCAAUGCCGAUCCACUCUAAUGUACAGCUACGUUUUUGCCUUCUAUUUGGGAAACAACAAUCAGAAGAUCAUCUUCGAGGACAACCAGAGGGACAUGGAAAUGGCCACCGAGAAGAUUUCCGAGUGCUUGGAGCGAGAGAUCACUGUGAAGAAUCUCUACGAAGUCAAGCAGAAGGUUUUGGACUUGUCGCACUACUGCCAAAAGCGUCGAAAUGUACUUCUUUGCCAUGUGAGGGAGGGUUACGAAAAGGACUGGUGGGAAUUUAUCGAGGAUACUGCAACCUAAUCAACCUUUGACAUCUGCAACACGUACAAAAAAAGAGUUUAAAGACUUUUACCUAAUGCACACAAUAAUUUUUAUUUGGACUCCUCUCUGGUCGGAUUGAUUCUAGUCCAUCUGACCAUGAGCCCUCGAAAUUCUAUAGUUUUAAAACAGGAAUAGACAGAAAUAAAUAUAUAAAAUUCA